AUGGGAAGCCCAGAUAGCACUCACAUCGAGGCUGCUGUUGUUCAGCGGCCCUCACAAAAUUACUGGAAUCGUCUCAAAACUCUGGUUUUGGUGGUGGCCGUCGGCAGCAUCUACUUCGGACAGUUGACCUUGUUGGUUGGCGGAGGUCUACUCGCUCGGAGCAUUGCUGCUGUCGUUGGUGACCCCUCCCUCACAGCAUGGCCUACGGCUGUCCUCGGAAUCUUGGUCGCUGCCCUUGGUCCUCCUGCCGCCCAGAUUGCCGACUUCUGGGGCAGGAAGUGGCUGUUGGUGGGCUUCACAUCCUGUGGAUGUAUCGGUGCAAUCAUUGUGUCAAGAGCAAGCUCUAUGGGAAUGGCCAUAGCGGGCUUUACGAUUGGGGGCUUGUCUUGUGUUGCUCAGCCGCUCCUCCACGCGGUCGUAUCAGAAGUGCUGCCACGGAAGUAUCGAUCUUGGGCUCAAGCCAGUGUGAACGUGUCGGUAGGCCUGGGUGCCAUAUACGGACUCCUCGCUGGAGGGGCUCUCACCGAGUCCAACCCUGAGGGAUUUCGCAUUUACUUUUACAUCUCCGCCGGUAUUUAUGCGGCUUCUGCAACUGCAUGUGCCCUCCUGUACAAUCCGCCACAAAGAGAGACCCAAAUUGCAAGUUUCCGGGCAAAAUUACGGCAGCUUGACUGGGUCGGAUACGCCAUGGUCGCUUCCGGAGUAUCUCUUCUUUGCACAGGCCUUUCCUGGGCUGAGAAUCCAUAUCCAUGGAAAAGCUCUCAUGUGCUUGGUCCAUUCCUGGUCGGAGUUGUCAUCCUGCUGAGUCUCAUCGUGUAUGAGUGGAAGUUCAAGAAGGAUGGCCUGUUUCAUCACAGCUUGUUCAUCGACCGCAACUUCGCUAUCACACUGGUGUGCAUAUAUGUUGAGGGCCACUGUGCCUUCGCAGCCAAUUACUUUGUGCCAUUUCAGCUCAGCACAGUGUACCCGUCGAUGGGUUCUUUCCGAGUGGGACUCUGCUAUGCUGUGUCCUAUUUCGCAUUCAUCGUCUCCGCUCUGGCUGCCGGGCUGAUUAUCUGGAAGAAAAGAUCGGUCCGAUACCCCUCAAUGACUGGAUUCCUUGGGUUUCUCCUAUUCUUUGCUCUUGCAGCCUCGUCAAAAGCAAGCACUCCUGAAGCCAACUUCUGGGGCUACAUGAUCUUUCUUGGAGGAGGCCUGGGGUUCCUUCUGACCACUCUCGUUGUUGCAGCACAAUUCUCGACCCCACCAGAGCUCAUCGCUAUUACAUCUGGUCUGGUGUUAUCAGUCCGAAGCUUGGGAGCCUCGACAGGACUGGUGAUCUACCAAGCCGUCUUCAGUGCCGGGAUCUCGAAGAAUCUAGUACCGAAGAUCGCCGCAGCGACCUUACCCCUCGGACUCCCCGAGACAUCAUUAGUGUCAUUGAUCGGAGCCUUGACAUCGGGCGAUCCAGCUUCGUUAUCAAAGGUACCGGAAGCAACUCCAGAAAUUAUCGCAGCAGCAGAAGUGGCACUGCGGAAGGCAUAUAGUCUUGCUUUCAGCCAUGUUUGGGCUGCUGCGGCUUCAUUCACAUUCGUCGCUUUGGUUGGCUCUGUAUUCCUUCGGGAACCCAAGAGCGAGUUCACGGAAUCCAUUGACGCGCCUCUCGAUAUUGUCGAGGACAAACCAGAGAACAAUGCGGUCGAUUCCUCCUGUGCUGGCAAGACUAAUUUGUAA